ACUAUUCUUACUAUCAUGGUCAUCUUACGCUGUAUGCCCUACAGACCUAAUACCAAAGAUGUAUACACGAUUUUGAGUAAAUGCUAAUAAAAACAUUUGUAUCUCGUUGUCCGUUAUUGUAUAAAAAUGAUCAUGUUUUAAAUCACUAACCCAUCAAGGUCUAUGAUUAUUAUGUUAGUAAAAGUCUUCAAGAGAUUGUUAAUAUAGAUGGGCGAGUUCAAAAGCACGCAUUCUUUACGCUCCAGUUGCCUAAGCAUCCCGGCUGGAUUUCCCGAUUCACGAACUUGCCUUUUCAACCAGAAACUUCAAAUGUUGAAUUGCUGCAUCGAGCGAAAGCGCUCGCGAGAGAUGCGCGAAACUGAGCCAAGUGUUAGCAAAUACGUUGACGCAAACUCGUCCACCGACGACGAGGAGUUUUACGAUUGCACUUCCGAUAAGGUCGAGGAGGAGGAUACGAGGAGGAAAACGAAGCAUGCCCUAUGGAAUCAACCGGUGGGUCGGCUGGGGAAGUUUGAGAAUUUGAAACUGAUAAAGUUGGGCGAUCCCUUGUAUAUUCCCAUAACGCAAGAUCCCGUUCCAAAAACCGAGGAUCAACUGCAAGAGGACACCGAUAUCCUUCUGCAGCUAGGAUCGGACGCCCAAGGGUCGGAAUUGCGCGCGAAAAUGAUGAGCGCCUCUUUGCUGUCGGAUAUGGAAUCAUUUAAGGCGGCGAAUCCAGGUUCUAUCUUGGAGGACUUCAUUCGUUGGUACUCACCGCGCGACUGGAUUGAGAAAGAUGGGUUAGAUCAAUGGGGGCAGAAAAUGGGCCAUUUAAGCGCGCGCAUGUUAAUAGCCGAUAACCCUUGGGUGCAAAUGUGGCAAUCGGCAAAACCUGUACCGGCCAACCGCCAAAAACGCUUAUUCGACGACACGCGCGAGGCCGAGAAAGUUCUACACUUCCUAGACUCACGCACUUUCGCCCAAAUUAUCGAGAUGCUAUUUCCCAUCUUAGCGCACGCCGCCAUCUGCCGGCUGUACGACGAAUGCGAACAAGUAUCUCCCGUCCUGCCGUCCGCUCACAAAUCCCUGCAGCAAGCAAUACGUCUAGUUCAGAAGAUCUCGCGCGAUGAUCAAAUAACCGAACGUUUAUGUGGCGCUCUAAUUCAACAGAUAGCGGCACUCGAACUUGCCAUAUCGCAAGCAAAUUCAUUACUUUACAAAUUUAACCCCGCGGGAGGCUGCGACGAAACCGUUUAUGUAUUCACCGAGAAGCUAUUGAACGGUUGCGAAGUCGAAAUUGAAGACGCUAGCAAAUCGAAUAUUGGCAGUAGGUUAACUUCGAUGUUCACAGAGGCCCAGAGGCUCGCCAAUAUGAUACUAACCGAACAUAGUGGCGGUUCAGCCGAAAAUAACUCAACAGGAAACAUUAUUUUCCCCCAAGCUAACGAACGCGAAUUCGUAAUGAGAGUUGCGGCAGUUCGACCCGCAUCCUAUUCCAAAAAAUCUCCGCAAUUUUUAAGAGCGAUUCUAUCAAAGAGCGAAUUUAGAUUGGCUGGUGCUUUUUCUGAGGAUAUUGUUUAUUUCUAAUUUUGUUUGUUUUUGAUACUUUUAUAAGAUUGUUAUUUACAUUUUGAAGUUUAAUUUCAACUGCGGCGCUUUUUAAUGUACAACUUGUUGCUUUACAUCGAUUUCCACAUAAUAAAGUUGGCAAUUUUA